CCCCUGACGCGCCUGGCCAGGUACGAAGAAGCUACCAACGAGCUCAUUAACGAGGAGCUGGGCAUUGCAUACCCCGUCAUCGACGGCAUCCCGAACAUGGUCCCAGAGGCUGCCAGGACGACUGGGAAGAAGCCCCCCGCUGAGGACCCGAAGCAGCCCUGA